CAUAGAGUUCAUUGGAAGUUGCUUUGGAGGAAAGUAUCUGCUGCAUAUGUAAAUGUAGGUACCAGUUGAACAAUAAGAGCUGAGCACCACCUGGCUGUUGAGGAGCCUGAUGUCCGUUGGCUGGUGUGUGACCUCACGUGGCGUCCCUUGGAACAGAACAACUGGACUAACCUCUUGAUGAAGGUGCUUGUCUGUUUAGCCAGGGUGGAAAGCAGAAGGUGAGACUUUUAGAGUUCUUCUCUGUACUACUUCCUCCAGAGGGUGCAGCCUAAUGCCCGGGAUUGAGCCAGCCUUCCUCAUUAAUCUGUUCAGACUGCAGGCAUCACCAGUAGAAAUGUUGUUGUCUCCACAUAGAGGUGCUCUACGACAGACUGGUAGAACAUCUACAGCAGUGACCUGUGUACUCAAAAAGACCUCAGGCUGCUUCCUGAAUGUGCACUAUGUCAAAAAUCAAAUGUAAAAUGCCAGUCUCCUGACUGUCCCCAGAUGCCCCCCUGUGACUUUAAAGCAGAAGAGUACAAGGGUAUGUCAAAAGAUAGAAUAAUGGAGAUUCGGAAGCACCGCUGCAACCCAAUGGUAAUGAAGGUAACAUACUACAACAAACCAGUCUGCCUCACUCAGGGCUAUAUGCAAUGGCUGUGGGACACGGAUGGACGGCGGUAUCUGGAUCUUUUUGCAGGGAUUGCUACGGUCAGCGUAGGGCAUUGUCACCCGAAAGUGACAGAGGCUGCUGAGAAGCAAUUGAGAUGUCUCUGGCAUACAUCUAACAUCUACAUGACAACUCCCCUUCAUGAAUAUACUGAGAAACUAACAGCCCAUCUGCCUGACCAACUGAAGGUUGUUUAUUUGACUAAUAGUGGUUCAGAGGCCAAUGACUUAGCCAUGUUGAUGGCAAGACUGCACACGGGAAACUUUGACAUCAUUACAUUCAGAGGGUCAUAUCAUGGUGGCAGCCCACAGACUUUGGGCUUGACGUCAUAUGCAGCCUACAAGUACCCCAUUGCCAAUGGUUUUGGCUGCCAUACUACAAUGUGUCCAGAUGUGUUCAGGGGAUUGUGGGGAGGGAGCCACUGCAGAGACUCUCCUGUCCAAACUAUCCGACAGUGUAGCUGCGACCCAGGUUGUUGCCAGGCCAACAACAUGUAUAUUGAGCAGCUGAAAGAAGUACUGGCAAGCAGUGUCCCAAGUCGCAUUGCUGGAUUCUUUGGAGAACCUAUCCAGGGGGUAGGUGGAGCAGUUCAGUACCCGAAAAACUACUUGAAGGAGGCCUACAAACUUGUUCGAGAGAGAGGUGGAGUUUGCAUCGCAGAUGAGGUUCAGACAGGUUUUGGCCGUACUGGAAGUCAUUUCUGGGGGUUUGAAGGUCAUGGAGUUAUUCCAGACAUGGUCACUAUGGCAAAAGGUAUUGCCAACGGUUUCCCUAUGGGUGCAGUCAUCACUACACAAGAGAUCGCGAAUUCUUUUGCCAAGGGAAUCCACUUCAACACCUUCAGCGGCAGUCCUCUGGCAUGCACUAUUGCAUCCUCUGUACUUGAUACUAUAAGAGAAGAUGGCACACAGCAAACCAGCGCCACCGUUGGGACGUAUUUGUUGACAGAGCUGGCCAAACUGAGGGAAAAGUAUGAGAUCAUUGGGGAUGUCCGGGGGAAGGGACUGCAGAUCGGCGUGGAGAUGGUCAAGGACAAGGAAAGCCGUGCUCCUCUGCCGGCCGAGGCCAUAAGCCAGAUCUUCGAGGACGUCAAAGACAUGGGAGUGCUUAUUGGGAAAGGCGGCGCGUUCGGACAGGUCUUCCGCAUCCAGCCGCCAAUGUGCAUCAGCAGAGACGACGCAGACUUUUUCCUGGCUGUGUUCAGUUGUGCGCUGCAGAGGUAUAUGGAGUCAAGAUAGCAGAGUCCAGUUCCUUACUAUUCCACCACCCGUGUCGCUCUGUAGUAAAACAAUCAAGUAACUAACAGAGUAAUCAUACUGAAUUACGAAUUAGCGCUGCGUGUAUGAUGAAAUGUUGCAAGUUGGGUUAAAUGCAUCCUUGUUUCACAACUUGUGCCUUAAUGAAAAGAAAUUCCCAUGAAACCUUUGCAGACCUGCAGAUGUCUGUGGUGAAAGGUAUAUGAAUAUAGAAAUAUAAUUCAAAUAUAUAUUGUAACAAUUGCAUUGUUUAAGGGUAUAGUCUAACAAACUUUUUAUGACAAUUGUACAGAUGGGUUAUUAAAAACUACUGUACUUCUGGAGAGGAACAAGCAUCAAUUAAUGAGCUCAGCCUGUACCCUUAAUUUUGCCAUCGCUAUUAUUAACUUUAAGUUUAGAUUUAACAAAUAUUUCAUACAGUACAGAAAAGUCCAUUUGGUGACAAGACAUUUAAAAAGCACAGCAAGUAGCACUGGUGCCUCACAGCGCCUCGAUGGUGUGAGAGGAC